AUGACCCUCGACUAUCAGUCUUUUGCUGACGCCUUUUUUGAGGCCUGCGAUGCUGGUGACCUGCAAAAAACCCAGGAAGGACUCAAAAGCGGCCGCUUAACCGCCGAGGACCUCGAGGAGGGACUUACCUCCGCCACCGAGAUGGCAUACUCUGAUCUCGUCGCCGCGUUCUUCAAUGCAGGCGCUCGCGUAACGCCCAAAACAAUGCAUGCUCUUCCCGGGUAUCCAGGAGUAGAGCAAAAGGCGAGCGUCAUUCGCCACUACCUCGACCACGGUCUUGACCCCAACGGCACCUGCCGCAGCGACAGUCCUCUUCUAGUGUACGUGUCAGACUUUUGGGCCGAAUAUCGGGAGAUCGUAACUGACUCUAGGAACAGUGAAAUAGAAGACCCCGGCUGCGCUCGCGAAUUAAUAUUAGCAGGCGCUGACCCUAAUCGUGCCGGUCGGCGAGGGCUAACCCCCCUUACUCGGGCCAUUGGCAGCCGCAAAGGUACAUCCUUGGCUGAGAUGCUACUCGCGCAUGGGGCCCGACUGGAACCGGAGCUUCUCUUUACCGCCGUGGACUCGCGCAUGCCUCUAGGAGAGCUCAUGACGAAGUUCCUUCUGGAGAAGGGCCUCGAUCCUAAUAUGACCUCUGCCGAAUGGGGGAACCCCUUGCACUGUGCUAUCUACUCUGCUAAGCCGGGAGCAGUUGAAGCAUUACUGGAUGCAGGUGCAGAUCCUACUGGAAAGUCGGCUCAUCCAGAAUACCGUGGCCGAAGCCCCUUGCAGAUGGCUCAGGGCAUAAUAUUCCCUGAGCGCAGACAGGCUAUUCUUAGUCUCCUUGAGUCUCGCGGAGUAGGUAUUGGCGGAGGUGGUGAUGAGUAG